GUGGAAGGCACUGCCGUUAUCUUUCAACGUCCGCCAAGGCUUGUGGGUUCAUUGCAGGUUCGUCAGACAGGCCAAAGAAGACAAGCCCUGAAUGUGAGAAAGCACAUUGAUCAAAAUGUUCAGCACUAGGAGGCUGAAGAAGAAGUCACAGUCUGUGGACAUUAGUUCACCAUCGUAUAAUCCUUUGACGGAUACACUGCCAUCACAAUCAAGUAAAUCACUAUCUACUGCCAAGACUACCAGUGAAGAAGACCAGAACAACACUGCAAACACUCAGAAACGCCACCCUAGGAGGGGAGACCUGAAAAGAUGCUACACCAUUGAUACCGGGCAGAAAAAGACCCUCGAGAAGAAAGAUGGGCGACGGAUGUCCUUCCAGAAGCCAAAGGGGACCAUGGAGUACACGGUGGAAUCCAGGGAUUCGUUGAACAGCAUUGCUCUGAAGUUUGACACAACACCAAAUGAGCUGGUUCAGCUAAACAAGCUUUUCUCCAGAGCUGUUGUCCCCGGACAGCUGUUGUACGUCCCUGACCCAGACUUCCUUUCCAGUGUGGAGAGCUCUCCGUCUCUCAGUCCCAUAAGUCCUCUAUCUCCAACCUCAUCAGAAGUGGAAUUUGAGAAAACGAUUGACCCACAAGGCCCUCACCACAAGGAAUCCACAUCCUCCCCUGCCUACUCAUCAGUCCGUCCUUCCAGGGUGGUCUCGUCCACAUCGGAGGAAGAAGAAGCGUUUACAGAGAAGUUUCUAAAGAUUAACUGCAAGUACAUAACUGAUGGAAAGGGCUCGGUCAGUGGUGUACUUCUCAUAACGCCAAAUAACAUCAUGUUUGAUCCUCAUAAGACAGACCCACUGGUGCAGGAGAAUGGCUGUGAAGAAUAUGGUAUCAUGUGCCCAAUGGAGGAGGUGACCUCGGCUGCUAUGUACAAAGAAAUAGUCAAUAGCAAAUUGAAAGAUAUUCCUGUCGAUAUAGAGCAGCUGACCUGUAUGAGGGAUUUUUGCAACUUUAAGAAAGUUUCUCAAAGUAAUACUCACGAGUUGGAUUCAAACAUGUGGGAUACCGGAAAUGACAGUGCCAGCACCGCCCCCCGUAGCACCGAGGAGUCCUUGUCGGAGGAUGUAUUCACGGAAUCGGAGCUGUCUCCUAUUCGAGAAGAGGCGCAUUCCUCCGACGAGCUGCGACAGGACAAAUCUUCAGGAGCAUCCUCCGAAUCCGUUAAGACAAUCAACCAACCAGCAGGAGAAUGUUCCACAAUAAACCCUUCAGACUCCACAGAUGCUUUGCAUGAUAAAGGCAGUGGCGAUCCUUCAGCCAAUGACAGUGGGAUCGGCAGCAAUACCAAUGAUUUGGAGAAGAGCGACGCAUCCAUUAAGGUAGGUGAAGACUUGGAUAAAGUAUCCGAAACAUCUGCGGAGUUACAAGCCAGUAUGGAGCUGGAGGAAAUGGAAGGUGCAGGUAACAAAUGCAAAAAGGAAGAACAGGGGUCAGACAGUGAGCUUAAAAACAGAGCUCUGAGUGUUGAUAAUGAGGAAUCUGAACCUGGAAACCAUGGAGAGGAGACGGCAGGAGGAGCACAACUACAACCCUCAUUAGGAGACUCUGAAACAGAAGUGGAGGAACUGAGGAAGCUUUGGAAAAAUCUCACUAUGCAACAAGCCAAGCAGCAGCGGGAGGACAUGCAGCACGCCACGCAGAAAGAGCAUAAGCCAAAGAUGAGCAUGGAUUCUCAUGCCGAAGGGGUAUAUUCAGCUAUUGCCAAAGAAAAGCGAAGGCACAGAUCCCAUAAAUAUCUGUGUCUUCGAGUUGGGAAGCCAAUGAGGAAAACAUUUGUUUCUCAAGCCAGCGCGUCAAUGCAGCAGUACGCACAAAGAGACAAACUAGAGUAUUGGUUUGCUGUUCCGCAUGAAAGGACAGACCAUCUUUACUCGUUCUUCAUUCAGUGGAGUCCAGAAAUCUACGCUGAAGAGAUCGGGGAAUCCUCUCGAGAGCCGGGCUUUGUUGUGGUUAAAAGGAACGAAGAGCCUGAGAGCUCUGAAGGAUCCACAAAUGAUUCGACCACACGAUUGUGGGAGGUAGUGUCAGUGGCUGAGUACCACCGCAGGAUCGAUGCCCUAAAUACUGAAGAACUGCGCACUCUCUGCAGACGUCUCAAGAUUACCACACGGGAAGACGUGAAUUCCAAGCAAGCGACGAGCUUUAAGGCUGACCUGGAGCCCGAAGCUUUCAGACCAAACCUCAGUGACCCCAGCCAGCUUCUACAAACUGACCAAAUAGAAAAGCUCACGAAGCACCUCCCACCUCGCACAAUUGGCUACCCAUGGACACUUGUGUACAGCACGGCAAAGCAUGGAAUGAGCCUGAAGACGCUAUACAGGACAAUGCUGGGAUUAGACACGCCUGUCCUCCUGGUGAUUAAAGACAGCGAUGCCCAGAUUUUUGGAGCAUUAGCAUCAGAGCCAUUUAAAGUGAGUGAUUGCUUCUAUGGCACCGGGGAGACUUUCCUGUUUACAUUUUGUCCUGACUUUCAGGUGUUUAAAUGGACAGGGGAUAAUAUGUUCUUUAUCAAAGGUGAUAUGGACUCGCUAGCAUUCGGUGGAGGAGGAGGAGAGUUUGCUCUGUGGCUGGACGGAGACCUCUAUCACGGGAGAAGUCACUCGUGUAGAACCUUUGAAAAUACUACACUUUCUAAGAAAGAAGAUUUCAUUGUCCAAGACAUUGAAAUUUGGGCAUUUGAGUAAAUAUGUAAAUAAAUAGAGCACAGAAGAUCUCCUCAACCCUGUACAGAAGAGAGGAGGAGAGACUCCAUGUACUGCGGCUUACUAAUAUAUACCCUUUUAAUAUAUUUGUAUUUUUGUUAAUAUUUAACCAUAGUAAUUUUUUAUUUUUUUCGGUAGUUCUAUCUAUUUUCGGACAUGAAUAUUGGGUGAAGCUGUAACUGUACGUUUUUGAUGAAUGUCGUACCUCUUGUCACUUUCUCUGUCACCGGCUCAAGUCUAGAAGAAGGCUGUAGAAGUAUACAUCACAAGCAGACUGCUCUUAUCUUCAUGUGGUCAUCUGUGAGAUUAUAACAGCUGUUGCAUUGUUUGAAACCUUCCCCCAGUAAAGUAUGUUUAGGAUCCAG